CCACAACCUCUACCUCAAUUCCGCGCUAAUGGCGGACCUUGUUCUAAGAAAAGCCUUCUAUUCCAAAUCCAAGCUCACACAAACAUUACUACUCUUGCUCACUCUGCAACUUUCUUUUCUAGUCCAUUCUUCAGUAUCUGAAAUCAUUUUCGAAGAGCGUUUUGAAGAUGGGUGGCACAAGCGCUGGGUCAGAUCUGAUUGGAAAAAAAAUGAAGGGAAAGCUGGUUCCUUUAAGCACACAGCUGGAAAGUGGGCUGGUGACCCUGACGAUAAAGGGAUCCAGACAACUCCUGAUGCCAAGCAUUAUGCUAUAUCUGCUAAGAUACCUGAAUUCAGUAACAAGAACAGAACAUUGGUCCUACAGUAUUCUAUAAAAUUUGAACAGGAAAUUGAAUGUGGUGGUGGUUAUAUAAAGCUUCUCUCCGGAUUUGUUAAUCAAAAAAAAUUUGGUGGGGACACUCCUUACAGUUUGAUGUUUGGACCAGAUUUAUGUGGCACUCAGACAAAGAAGCUUCACGUUAUACUCUCAUACCAGGGCCAGAAUUACCCCAUCAAGAAGGAACUGGAAUGCGAAACAGACAAGUUAACCCAUUUUUACACAUUCAUUCUUAGACCUGAUGCAACUUAUAGCAUCCUGAUUGACAAUCGUGAAAGAGAUUCUGGAAGCAUGUAUACAGAUUGGGAUAUCCUUCCUCCCCGAAAAAUUAAAGAUGUGGAUGCAAAAAAGCCUGCAGACUGGGAAGAUAGAGAAUAUAUUGAUGAUCCUAAUGAUGGCAAACCUGAGGGAUAUGAUUCAAUGCCACGAGAAAUUCCUGACCCAAAAGCUAAAGAGCCUGAUAACUGGGAUGAAGAAGUGGAUGGCAUCUGGAAACCGCCAAAGAUACCUAAUCCGGCAUACAAAGGACCAUGGAAGCGCAAGAGGAUCAAAAAUCCUAACUAUAAGGGAAAGUGGAAGAUUCCUUGGAUUGACAACCCAGAGUUUGAAGAUGACCCUGACCUUUAUGUGUUGAAGCCAAUUCAAUAUGUGGGUAUCGAAGUUUGGCAGGUAAAGGCAGGUUCAGUUUUCGACAACUUUCUGAUUUGUGACGAACCAGAGUAUGCAAAAGGAGUUGUCGAGGAAGUUUUUGCAAAUAGGGAGGCGGAAAAAGAGGCCUUUGAGGAAGCAGAGAAAGUGAGAAAAGCGAAAGAGGAAGAGGAAGCCCAAAGAGCAAGAGAGGAAGGUGAAAGGAGGAGAAAAGAGAGGGGCUAUGAUCGACGAUACCGUGAUAGGGGGCGCUAUAGAGACAGAUACAAAAGGCACGGUCGCCGUGAUUACUUGGACGAUGAUUAUCAUGAUGAACUAUGAUGGAAUCUUCACAAUCUUCUCGUCGACGAUGGAUAAAUGGUGAAUAAUUUACCAUGGGAUGUCAUGUUAUCCAAAUUGUUGUACCAUCUUCAGUUGUAAUAGUUCAUUUGACAUUUUUGUACUGCUCUGUUGCGUUAAACAGUGUUAAUUUUGAGUGCAAAUGAUAUCCUUUUAGUUUUA